CCAUGAAACCCAUCACUUGUCUCCUCUUCGCCAUUUUCCUGUUUGGAAUAGCAAUACAAGGAACAACUGCUAGAUGCUAUUCAUGGCCUAGAGUAUGUCCACCAUGGAAGCGAUGUAUACCAACUCAAUGGUACCCAUAUUACUAUUGUGCUCAAAGGUGGGGACAUUCAGGAGGUCCUUGGAAAGGCGGAAACUAUGGUAUCUGGGGUAGAUACAACAGCGGAGGUUGGGGUAACCGAGGUGGAGGAUGGGGUAGCCGAGGUAUCAAUUAUGAUAGAGGAUUCGGAAGGAAGAAAGGUGGUUAUUAAUUAUAAAAGAUGAAAACUGCGAAGAUUGACCAGAUAAUUGAGAG